UGUGUGUGUGUGUUUGAGUGUAGUGUGUCAUAAUAUCAUUAAUAAAAAUAUAAAACAAUAAUAGUCGGUGGUGUUUGGCGGUGUGUGCGGCAUCAGCACAAUUGCACUUCCAUCUCACCGAGAUCUGGAAUCUGAAAGCUGAAAUCCGAGCCAAAACCCACCAGUCACCUCUGAUGCGUGCCUCCGAGCGGUGCGAUCGGUGCGCUUUUCUUUGCUUUCAUUUUUUUUGUCUGUGUGUUGCCCAGCCGAGUGCCGGAAAAGUGCCGCGAAAAUGCACGUGGAGGAGCUGAGAGCCAGUCUGCAGAGCUUCGGCUGGCAGGACUAUCUGGUCUUCUGCCUGAUGUUGGCCAUAUGCGCCGUGAUCGGGAUAUAUUUCUGCCUGCAGUUGCGAAGGGAGUCCAGGAAACAGAAAACGCAUGGCUCCGAGGAGGCGGCCAGUAGUGCUGCCUCCUAUUUGGUGGGCGGCAGGCAGAUGAAGAUCUUCCCCAUCACCAUGUCACUGAUAUCCAGCUUCAUAUCUGGAAUCACGCUUUUGGGCACUCCCACGGAGGUUUAUCUUUAUGGUGCUCAGUACAUGUACAUUAUGGGAUCGCUGGUUCUGAUGGGAUUUUGCAUGUACUACUUCUUCUUGCCGGUCUUUCACGAACUCAAUUUGAUAUCCACCUAUAAGUACUUGGAACAGCGUUAUAAUCGAAGUUUGAGGCUCUUUGGCUCGGUUAUGUUCAUUGUGGCAUCGCUCCUUUGGCUGCCGAUAGUGAUCUAUGUGCCGGCUAUAGCUUUCAAUCAGGCCACCGGAGUGAAUAUCCACAUAGUGACGCCCAUCGUUUGUGUGGUUUGCAUAUUCUACACCUGCAUUGGAGGUCUGAAGGCGGUGGUUUGGACGGAUGUCAUCCAGACCAUCAUCAUGUUCGGAGCGAUGGCGCUGGUUCUGAUCAAGGGAACCGUGGACAUCGGAGGACCCGCAGUUGUUUGGCAGAGGGCCCAGGAAACGGCGCGUUUGGAGAGACCCAACUUCAGUGCGGACCUGACUGAGAGAUAUACGUUCUACUCCCUGGUUUUGGGCGGUGUAGCGCAUUGGCUCAAGUCGAAUGCGAUCAGUCAGAACAUGAUCCAGAGAUAUUUAUCGUUGCCAACAUUGCGAGAUGCCCGGAUUGCCAUUUGGACCUUCAUAGCCGGCGUUUUGGCCUUCCUCAUGAUAUGUGGCUAUACGGGGCUUCUAAUCUAUGCCACCUAUGCGCAGUGUGAUCCCCUGGAAACCAAAUUGGCCCAGAGAAACGAUCAACUUUUGCCGCUUCUGGUGAUGGAUACAUUCGGCGCGUAUCCGGGAUUACCUGGAGUUUUUGUGGCCGGCGUCUUCAGUGCCGCCCUGUCAUCGCUAUCGACGGGAUUGAACUCACUUUCGGCUGUGGUUCUGGAGGAUUUUGUGAAGACCUUUCGCAAGACUUCACUGAGCGAGGCCCAAACCGCUUUUGUGAUGCGCAGUGUGGUCGUGGUAUUUGGCGUUAUUUUCGUAGCGCUCGUCUUUGCCGUCGAGAAACUGGGGGCAGUGCUGCAACUGACCAUCACCCUUUCGUCGGUGGCCAAUGGACCGCUUCUGGGAAUUUUCACCGCCGGCGUUAUGCUGCCAUGGGUUAAUUCCAAGGGAGCACUGCUCGGCGGAUUCAGUUCACUGGUGGUUAUGGCCUGGAUGUGCGUUAGUGCCCAGCGGGAUCUGGUCACCGGGGAUCUGGUUUACAAGAGGAAGCCAUACUCCACAAUGGGCUGCAAUUACACGUUCGCCGGAGAGCCGCGGGAGUUCGCCACUCUGGCGUUCGAUGGAGACGUCAGUUCCAGCCCAAGUGCUCCGUUCCAGCUGUACCGCAUCUCGUAUCUCUACUUCACGCUCUUCGGAGCGCUGACCACCAUUAUCGUGGCCCUGGUCACGAGUCUGCUGCUCCGGGAAUCGGAUCUGGACGGAGUGGAUACCCGCCUGCUCACUCCAUUUGUGAGGCGUUGGGUGGAGCGACGUCGCCACCGACGAUCAGAGAUCCCAGAUCCUGGCCAAAAGGCCGGGAACAAACAGGAGACGAAAACGUGAAACGGGGAUAAAUAUCGUAGUCCGGUGGCUAAGGAGAUGGAGAAGGCUGACCGGCAUCAUCCUGGCAAUGUUCCUUUUUGGUAGCUUAGCAAAUAUUUAAAAUAAAACACAAUUCAUAAUUA